AGAAAAUGAUGCAUCCGGUUGCCAGCAGUACUCCAGUAUUCUGUGGGCCUGGCAAACCUUCCUGUCUCAGCGAAGAUGCCAUGAGAGCGGCUGAUCAGUUUGACAUCUAUGCCUCCCAGCAAAGCAAGUACAGCCACACAGUCAGCCACAAACCCAUGGUGUGUCAGAGGCAAGACCCGUUAAAUGAAACACAUUUGCAGACUACAAGUGGCAGAAGCAUAGAGAUAAAAGAUGAACUAAAGAAAAAGAAAAAUCUCAACCGAUCUGGUAAGCGUGGCCGGCCUUCAGGAACCACCAAAUCAGCAGGCUACCGGACCAGCACAGGCAGACCCUUGGGGACCACCAAAGCAGCUGGAUUUAAGACAAGUCCAGGCAGACCUUUGGGUACCACUAAAGCUGCAGGAUACAAAGUCAGCCCGGGGAGACCUCCAGGAAAAAAGCAGCAAGCCUUCAGGUGUUCCAGCGAUGCCUGACACAAUGAGCUGGACUUUAUGCUGCUCUUUACAGUAAGAGGUGUUGUGUUGUGUGUGGGGACUGUGUGCACUGGCAUCUUAAAAACAGUGACCUCAACAAAACAGCUUUGCACAAACCAUAGAGCAAUGUGGGAUGACUACGUAAGCAGUCGUAGCAUUCUGGCAGCUAAAGUGCUGCACAAGAAUUUCUUCUUGCAGAAGCUUAGGAUAUAAAACCUGUAAUAAUUUUCUCAGAACAGUAUCACUUCUGGCACAUAGAAAUGUUGCAUCUUGACUCAUCUUGACUCAUGUGUUCGUCCGUCCAUCUACUCUCCUGUGUCUGUUCUCGCGCUGUUUCUCAAGCUGAUGUGCAGCACCUGGCUGCUUAGCAGUGGUCUUUCAAGUUGCUUCCCGAGACAGGCGUUUCAUUAAACAUUCUGUGUAGAAUAAUGUCCACCACUGUCAGGAAUUGGGUUGCACAUUGUGUUUUACAGCAGGUCCAUUUAACAUCGCUCUUUGAGUUUAUUUUCAUUCCUGAUUCUGUUAAACACACGCCCUACCCUUUCCUGCAUUCAUUCCACUCCCCAGUCCUUCAGCACAUCCGCUCUGGUGCUGUGCUGUGUGUCAGAAGUUAAGGCAGGUGUACUAUUGUAUGGUGGAUUUUGUAUGCUUGUUUAUGAAAUGAUGAAAUCAACUAAAGGAGGCGUGUUCAUAAUAGUGUUUAUUAUCAGAAGCUGUCCAGAACAAAGGAACGAAUGGCUACAGUUGGGAAUGGAUAACGUCGUUUAAAAAAAUCUGGAUUUACUGUUCACGUGAGCAGGUACCUGAAAUACUAGAUCCCUCCCUCCACUGCUGAGCGUCUCCUGAUUCCACUUGUUUCUUUGUGAACAGUUUACUGGUGCCAUGCUGAAGAGAAAGACAUCUAAGGGAUUACAUGAAGUCUUAAAAGUAUAAAAUAUUUCUACUUCUACAUAAUCUAAAGACUACAUUGUGCAUCUUUCGUAACACUGUGUCUUGUCAUGAGAAACACUGAAAUAGCAUGUUAAACAGUUGCCUAUAUUUUAAUCAUUGGAGGAAACUGGCCUUUUCUCCCCAUUCUUCCUUAAAAGGUAAAUUGCUAAUUUUAUACUGUGUAAUUGUUUUUCACAAAAUAGGUUUCACUAUUAUAUAUUAAAACUGUCCAUCAGUAAUGAUCUUCUACUCAAGUAAGUUUGCUUUAUCUUUUUUUUUCUUUUAAGAAACACUUUUUGACAUGCCUUAUUUAUUACUAUUACCCUAGCCAAUAAAGAGCUAAUACAGAUAAAUUUCCAUUUUUUGACAGAUAUAACCUUGCAUAGCUAAUCUUUAGUAUGGGAUGAUUUUGAUACUAUCUUUGGAGUUUUGCACUGGAUACUAAAAAAUUACUGGCACAGUGUAUUGGCAAAAACCGUAUCUGGUUUAAUUUUUAAUAUUGGGGAUAUUUUUUAAAUCAGUGGUUCAAUUAGACUAAAAUUUUGUGAUUUUUAUUUACUUUUUAAAAGAAAUGUCUGUCCAAAUAAUAUGUAUUCAUUCCAAGCUGAUGUUUAUGUGAAUUUAUAUAUGUAUUUCCAUGAGACAGUAGUUUCUUUGAGUUAAGGAAGAAGGAAAAAAACCUCUAUCUGAAUCCAUUUAUUAGGUAAAGGGUGAUUCAUCCAAUGUAAGAAUAACCACAGUGUGUGCGUUUAAAAAGUAAACUUCUUUAUAUUGUAAGAAGCUUUAAAAGAACAAUUCAGGGGGUACUGAUGAUAAAUGCUACUCUGUCAGUCACUGUUUAUAUGCAGGGAAACUUCGCAGUCCCUUUAUUGUCAAAUACAAGAAUUCACAGCAGUUGUUCAAUUCUUUUUUCUUGGACAUAAAAUGUUUAGACACUAUUAUAUUUUUGUUUUUACCAUAACAAAGAUUUUUGCUCUUCCACCCUAGGAGGUAUCCAGUCCUUUCCUUUGUUUCCCUUCUCCUUCCCAAGUAGACAUGUCAGUUCUCACAGUAUAUUUACAUUUUUGGAAACUUCAAUGCUUAUAGCGAAACAAGUGUGUGAUUUAAUCAGACUACUUGGUUCUGUUUUCAGUUUCCUUUUUCCAGAGCUAAUUAUAAAGAAAAUAAUUACCAGUUAACUGCUAAUAAGCACGUUGUCCUCUGCUGUAAAAAGUCUGAAUAGAUACUGUGUAUGUUUCAAUGUCCAUGAACCUGAACUACUCGUGUGCAAUUAUGUGUAUGGGAAUGGAGUAGUGUUCAUGAUUUGUAUCUACAUCAUCAUAUGGAUGUAUAUUUAUUAAUAAAGUCAUUGCUUUAAAAACCA